GGCCGGGCGAAAACUAAAGCCCAAAAUGUAAUCACUUUCUGUUUCUCAAACUAGUCUUAAACCCUUGUAAAAUCCUGACCUCUCUUGUUGUUCCUCUCCAUUGCUAAUAAUGGAGGAUAUUGAAGCCAUCAAAUCCGACGUUGCAUCUUUUGCUUCUUCCCUCGGCCUUGCUACUUCAUCUGGUUUCGACGACUCUGAUUUCCGCAAAAAAGGUCGCAUCAAAAAGGAUACUAAAGAUGGAAACCAAAACAACAAAAAUCGAACCAACAACGAUAAAUUUGCCAAAAACAGCGAUAAAUUUGUCAAAAAACCGAAGGUGGAACCUCAAGUCGACAAUAAUAAUAAUUUAUGGAAUACGAAAUACAAAAACAUGCCGAAGCUUCCACUUGUGAAAGCAAGUGCAUUGGCGAUAUGGUAUGUUGAUGCUGAAGAAUUGGAGGAAAAGGUUAUUGGAAGUGAGAAGAAGAGUACAGUUGUCGAGUUCAAGAAUGUUGAUGAAUGGAAAAAGAAAGUGGAGAAGAAGAAGGAAUUAGGGGAAAGGUUAUUGGCGCAGUAUGCUCAGGAUUAUGAGUCGUCGCGAGGGCAAAGUGGAGAUAUAAAGAUGUUGCUUACUACGUUAAGGUCCGGUACUGCUGCUGAUAAGAUAUCGGCUUUUUCGGUUAUGAUUGGGGAUAAUCCAACUGCUAAUUUGAGAUCGCUUGAUGCUCUUUUAGGGAUGGUGACAGCUAAAGUUGGAAAGCGCCAUGCUUUGUCAGGUUUGGAAGCAUUGAAAGAACUUUUUGUUUCUAGUUUGCUGCCUGAUCGCAAGCUGAAGACACUCUUUCAGCGGCCGAUAGAUCAUAUUCCGGACACAAAAGAUGGUUACUCGCUUCUACUCUUUUGGUAUUGGGAGGAAUGCUUGAAGCAAAGGUAUGAGCGGUAUAUCGCUGCUCUUGAGGAAGCAUCAAGAGAUGUCUUAGAUAUACUCAAAGACAAGGCGUUAAAGACAGUUUAUGUUUUGCUAAAGUGCAAACCAGAACAAGAGCGCCGAUUGCUUGCUGCCCUUGUAAACAAGCUAGGAGAUCCUAAAAACAAGGUUGCAUCUAAUGCUGAUUAUCACCUAUCAAAGCUUUUGGCUGACCAUCCAAAUAUGAAGGCUGUGGUGAUUGAAGAAGUAGAUAAUUUUCUUUUCCGGCCUCGUCUGGUAUUGCGAGCCAAGUAUCAUGCUGUUAAUUUUUUAAGCCAAAUUCGCUUAAGUCACAGGGGAGAUGGCCCAAAGGUGGCAAAGCGUUUGAUAGAUGUAUAUUUUGCUCUAUUUAAGGUAUUAAUAUCUGAAGCAGGGGAAGGACGGAUGGUGAAUAAGAAGAGCGAGGGACACAAAGAGGUUUCUGGCACUUCGAAAGAUAAGAAAGAAAAAGAUUCAUCAGAAACUCAUGUGGAAAUGGAUUCACGCUUACUAUCAGCACUUCUUACGGGUGUGAAUAGAGCAUUCCCUUAUGUUUCAAGUGAUGAAGCUGAUGAUGUAAUUCAGGCCCAUACACCUGUGUUGUUUCAGCUAGUUCAUUCAACGAACUUUAAUGUUGGAGUUCAAGCUCUCAUGCUCCUAGAUAAGAUCUCAGCAAAAAAUCACAUUGUUAGUGAUCGGUUUUAUCGUGCCUUGUAUGCAAAGCUCCUGCUACCAGCUGCAAUGAAUUCUUCCAAAGAGGAAUUGUUUAUUGGACUACUACUUAGGGCUAUGAAAAAUGAUGUAAAUGUGAAGCGAAUUGCUGCAUUCUCGAAGCGUUUGUUACAGGUUGCAAUUCAGCAGCCGCCUCAAUACGCAUGUGGGUGUCUGUUUCUCCUGUCUGAGGUCCUUAAAUCAAAACCAACUCUCUGGAAUAUGAUGCUUCAGAGUGAGUCUGUUGAUGAUGAUCUUGAGCAUUUUGAAGAUAUUAUAGAAGAAGAUGAAAAUCAACCCAGUCCACCAAAUAGAACGGAUAAUGCAAGUGAAGUUGAAGCUAAUCACUUGGAAAAUGGCAAUCACUCCCUGCAAGAUGAAGGUGGUUCUUCUGAGCCUGAUGAUGAUGAUUCACUCCAAGCUAAUGAGUCGCCUGCUAGAGGGGGUUUAGAUGAGCCAAAGGAAUCUAGAUUGCUGUCGGGAUUUAGCAAACUUCUACCUGAGGGUUCAAAUGAAAAGCUCUUAUUGCCCGGAGGAUAUGAUACACGGCACAGAGAACCUUCAUUCUGCAAUGCAGACCGUGUUAGCUGGUGGGAGCUGAUGGUACUUGCAUCGCAUGCGCAUCCAUCAGUUGCAACCAUGGCUAGAACCCUUCUUUCAGGAGCUAACAUUGUGUACAAUGGUAAUCCCCUGAAUGAUCUUUCGCUGACUGCUUUUCUCGACAAGUUCAUGGAAAAGAAACCGAAACAUAACACUUGGCAUGGUGGCUCCCAAAUUGAACCUGCUAAGAAGCUUGACAUGCAAGGGCAGCUGAUUGGGUCAGAAAUUCUUUCCUUGGCUGAAACAGAUGUACCCCCUGAGGAUCUUGUCUUCCACAAAUUCUACGUGAAUAAGAUGAAGUCCUCGAAGAAACCAAAGAAGAAAAAGAAGAAGACACCGGAGGAUGAUGCUGCUGAGGAGUUUUUGGUUGCUGACGGUAGCGAUGUCGAAGAUGAGAUUGAUGAAGACGCUGCUGACGACAGUGAAAAUGAGGAGAUUGACAGCAUGUUAGAAUCCGGUGGACUUCCCUUGGAAGCUAAUGGUGAAUACGAUUACAGUGAUUUGGACGACGUUGUUAAUGAAGACGAUGAUGAAUUGAUUGGUGAUGCCAGCGAUGAGGAUAUGGAUGCCCUUUUGGAAAACGAUGGAGCUAACAUUAAUUCCGGCAGUGAUGACGACAAUGAUGCAGAAAAGGCAAAUGACGAUGACGAAGAGGAUGAUGUACAUCAAAGAAAAAAGAAAAGAAGGAAAGACAAGCGUGUGGGAAAAUCCCCAUUUGCUAGCCUUGACGACUAUGAACAUUUGCUUAACGAGGACAACAGUACAAAAGAGAGCCCCAAAAAGCACAUUAAAUCAAGAACGAAGAGAAAGAGUAACGAGGAGAUUCCAAAAGAGAGCACAGAAAAGCCCGCUAAAUCAAGAAAGCAGAGGAAGAGUUCAAAAUAGGUUUGUCCUUUAUUUACAUGGUAGAGUUACUAAUUUUGAUAACCUAUCCUGGCAGAUUCUCCUGAGAUAGGUAAAGGAGCUCUUUUGAUACCAAUAGUUGACUCAAUCAUGUCAGCUCUCGUGUAUUGUGUUAUAAUUUUAGCUGAUAAUGCAGCGUCAUUCGUAGGUUCUUUUUCCUCCUUGUGUAACGAUAGCUUUGCUAAAGUCAUAUUUGCAUCGUCACAGUCCGUCUUAUGAUAACUUUGCAAGUGUCCUAUUCACAUCAUUUGUGACAACGAUUAUUACAGGAAGUGCAAAGCCGCGGGUAUAAAUCCGUUCCAUCUUA